AUGCAACCUGAAAGCUCAGAAGGAGUUUUUAAGCCGAAACCGUUUUCUAUUGCGCUCUCAGCCGACUCUUCUCGCCGUUCAACACCUACACCCUCGUCCCAAAAGAAAUCAGCACCAUUCGGAACAAGAGAACUCUCGAGCAGAACUCGAAAAUUCGGCGAACAUGAUUCAGCUAGUGAAGACGAAGCAGAACCGCGGCAUGAAGAUGUCACAGGGUUCGAUCACCAGGCUGGCGGCGCAAUAAUCAGCAAUAAACGGUUGAAAAGAGAAAAAGAACCGUUAACCAUCAAGAUUGAGUCACGAAAUAAAUGGAGAGAUAAACUACAUGCUCGAACACAGGGGACACGACGAACAAACGGAACUGCGGAGUCGACGAUGGAGGUCGAUGCCCCAGAAGUGAAAAUCGGCUUGAGCUAUGCAGAGCCUAGCGCAGAGGAAGUUGCGGUACCUACAGCGCCAGCAGACUCAGAAAAGAAUGGAAAUAGAGAUCAUACAGACGCAGAAGCACCUAUAACCAAGAAAGAGCCGGAAAAGAAACCACUAUCGCAGGACGAGGUUGCUUUACAGGCUCUCAUCCGUGAGAGCAAAGGGGAGCCAGAAGAAUCCAAACGUUCAGACCUCGUCAUCUCUGCUCGUCCUAAAGAGAAUAACUCUUCGGCCUACGAUGAAAGCAAAUCAUUUCGUCGGGAUAUAGAGUCACGCCCUGCUCCGGCAAGCUUAAGUGCCUAUAAUGCAGUGCCAGUCGAGGAGUUUGGUGCCGCAUUGCUACGUGGUAUGGGUUGGAAAGAAGGCCAGCCUGUUGGUAGAGGAAACUACGGAAAUACCCCAGUAGCAGCCCGUGUGCCUGAAAGGCGACCCGGAUACCUCGGAGUUGGCGCAAAAGAUCUCUCUGGAAAGGGCGGAGAUGCCGAAGUUGAACUAGGGGCUUGGGGAAAAGCAGCAAUGAGAAAAGCAAAGAAUGAAGGCGAAGGAUUGUAUACGCCCGUCCUUCUGAAAAAUAAGAAAACAGGCAAGAUCCUUACCGAAGAAGAUAUUGAAAGCGGCCGUCGUCAUCAAGACCGAGAUAGGGAUCGGGAUAGGGAUCGGGAUAGGGAUAGGGAUAGAGACAAGGACCGUGGGUCAGGGCGCGGUCGGGAUAGAACAGACGAGCGAAGGGGAGGCCAUGAUCAUGGUAGGGAGAAAGAUGAAGCUCGCGAUAGGAAUAGAGAUAGGGGUAGGGAAAGUGAACGGGAAAGGGAUAGGAGAAGGGAUAAGGAAAGGGAUAGAUAUAAGGAUAGGGACAGGGACAGGGACAGGAAGAGGGACAGGGAGAGAGAUCGAGAUAGGAGGCGUUACGACAAAAGAUAG